CUCUAAUUUCUCAUCGCUCUGCCUUUUGCAUUCUGCUUGGAGAAGGAAGAAUCCGAAAACCAGAAUGGCGGCCUCAGCUAUGGUUCUUGACCCGAAAUCCUCAUUGGAGCCACCGGCGUCGUUCCCGUCGACGAGAUCUGAUCUCCUCGGCUUGGCGGAACAGUCCUCCGACGAGGAUGACCUCUACAGCCGUCUGAAAUCGCUGCAGCGGCAGUUGGAGUUCAUCGACAUUCAAGAAGAAUACGUGAAGGAUGAACAGAAGAACUUGAAGCGCGAGCUUCUACGAGCGCAGGAAGAGGUUAAAAGGAUACAGUCGGUGCCUUUGGUAAUUGGCCAAUUCAUGGAAAUGGUCGAUCAGAAUAAUGGCAUUGUUGGAUCCACCACCGGUUCUAAUUAUUAUGUUAGGAUUCUCAGUACUAUUAAUCGUGAGCUUCUUAAACCCUCGGCAUCCGUUGCUUUGCACCGUCACUCUAACGCCUUAGUCGACGUCUUGCCUCCCGAGGCCGACUCUAGCAUAUCUCUGCUCAGUCAGUCGGAGAAGCCUGACGUGACCUAUAAUGAUAUUGGCGGAUGUGAUAUUCAAAAGCAAGAAAUUCGUGAGGCAGUAGAGUUACCUCUUACUCACCACGAACUGUACAAACAAAUUGGUAUUGAUCCUCCUCGUGGUGUUUUGCUUUAUGGUCCCCCUGGAACUGGUAAAACUAUGCUUGCCAAGGCAGUUGCUAAUCAUACAACCGCAGCCUUCAUAAGAGUUGUUGGUUCUGAAUUUGUUCAGAAGUAUUUGGGUGAGGGUCCACGUAUGGUCCGGGAUGUUUUCCGCCUCGCUAAGGAAAAUGCCCCUGCAAUUAUCUUUAUUGAUGAGGUUGAUGCCAUAGCAACAGCCCGAUUUGACGCUCAAACAGGAGCUGAUAGAGAAGUCCAGCGUAUUCUCAUGGAACUUCUAAAUCAGAUGGAUGGGUUCGACCAGACAGUGAAUGUCAAGGUCAUCAUGGCAACCAAUAGGGCUGACACAUUGGAUCCUGCCCUCCUACGUCCUGGAAGGCUUGACCGAAAGAUUGAAUUCCCUUUACCUGAUCGCCGACAGAAGAGGCUGGUAUUUCAGGUUUGUACUGCAAAAAUGAACUUGAGUGAUGAGGUGGAUCUAGAGGAUUAUGUUUCUCGCCCAGACAAAAUCAGUGCUGCUGAGAUCGCUGCUAUCUGUCAAGAAGCUGGGAUGCAUGCGGUUCGUAAGAACAGAUAUGUUAUACUCCCAAAGGAUUUCGAGAAGGGCUACAGAACCAAUGUGAAGAAGCCUGACACAGACUUCGAAUUCUACAAAUGAUUCCCGGAGAUGGAGGUGAAAUCUCAGUAUCGUCUUUGUCGACAUGAUCGUAAUUAUAGGUUCCUUUCCCUCACUCGGGAGAUCGCUGUUACAACAACUGAUAGAUCGAGUUUAUUUGCCGGUCAGAUAGAGCUGUGGGACGGUAUUUUUCUUGUAUCACUCUGUUACUUCUUGUCAUGAACUCUAUAUUUCCGCAUCAUUUAGAAUGCUGGCCUCUGAUAUUGCUCAAAACUUGAAUUGUUUUCUAAUCUAUCCAAGCAUUGAAAAGGAUGGUUAACUACUCAGCAAGUAGAUAGAUAGAACAUUCUCAAACUUGUCUGCUGGGUUCAGUUCCACUGAAUGAUGCAAACAAAAUCUCUCUUUAUUUGAGCCCAUGGAGUAAAAGGAACAUAAAGUUGUAUGGCCCACCC